UUACCAGAAAUCAUUUCGUACAUAGCUCUUGACAACGCAAGUGUCCAGUAGCAGCGGAACUCUCUCUCUUAACUAAGUUCUUCAGAAGUUCUUAUAUUGUUUCUUAUUUUGGAUUAUAUUUUUAAAACAAGAAAACACCUCCAAAAUAUUUUUUGAUUCUUUAUAAAUUUUUGUGAGUUAAUUUACAACUGAGAAGUGAAUUAUAUAAAGUGAAAGUAAAUCAACGGUUAGAAAGUGUUAAAGGAUACGUUCAGGACUACAAGUGAUAACAGAACUGUAGAAUCAAUCGAUUGGUGAAAAUCAACAGGAUGAAGUUCCUGGUGCCAUUCGUGGCGAUAUGUUCGCUGGGUAUGCUGGCCACGGUCCGUGGGGCCCCGUUCAACUCGUACGACACCAUCGAGGAACUGGUGGUGCCCGAGUCCAAGGUGAUCGAUUUCGACAACCUGACCGAGAGCGAACGGUCUGACCUGCUCCGCAAUCAGAUCAACAUAACGGCGGUCAAGCUGCAGCAGCAGCGCCUUCGGGACGAGGCCGCCCAGAAGAACUUGCAACGGGCCGGGGCUCCGAUGGCCAUCAAGCAGAGUGCCACCGAACCGAACGUGUCCAGCCACGCGCAGAACCGCAAAGCGUUCGAAAAACAGAUCAUCGGCAAUAUCCGGCAGAGCAUCGAGUCGAACCUGAUGCGCAACGACAGCUACAUCCAGAUGGGGGCCACGCACGAGAUGGCCUUUUCCGCCGUUUGUGACCUGCCGAAGCACACCGAGCAGAGCGUCUGGGACGAUCAGUUCACCUGGAACCUUUACUUCCGUCUUACUCAUAGCAAGCCUUACACUUCGGUCAGCUCGGCGAUUUUGAGAUUGUACAUGAAGGGCAGCAACUCAACCGAUGGAGAUUCGAACCGUCGCGAUGACGAAAACUGCAAAAAUCCGGCCGAGCCGAUGAUCCGCAUAACAGUUUCGGUGUACAUGCGCAAGAAGAACAAGGACAACUCCGUGAUGGAACGCAAGAAGCGCAUCUGCAGCAGCAUCACCGUAACGAAGAACUACCGGGGCUGGAUCACGCUCGACACGCUGCUGGCGGUGAAGCAGUGGGACAAGCCGAACCGUAACAUGGGCAUCGCGAUCGACGUCCAGGACCAUGAGGACCAGCCGUUGCACGCGGCCACAUUCUUCCAGCCGGCCGAUUGCCUCGAGGCAAGUAAAGCAAACGCAACAGCAGCCGUACUUCCAUGGAGCUUCUUCCGAAACUCACUCUCAUGGUCCUCGGAUGAAAUGGACGAUGUGCCACACGUCCCACGCAUAGACAUCAUGAUGAUGCACAAGCCUCUGUACCAACAUUACCAGCAUCACUCGCACCACUCCCGUCCCAUCUUUCGGCCGAAGCACCAGCACCCGCACCACCACUACGGUGGAGUUCGCUACCGCCUAGAUAACGCUUCCGGACCGUCUUCGUCAUCGUCGUCUUCUUCCUCCGUUGCCAACUCGUUCGAAUCCGUGGACGAGGUCGAGAUCAAGCAGCAUCCGUCGGUCCACGUGCACCACUCACAGGCCAAGCCGCACAAGAAGCGCCACCUGAACCACAACAACCAGCAACAGCACGUGGCCCGCCACCGGGUACAGUUCGAGAAUAAUUCGGCGGAAAGUGACGAAGACUACUCGGCGUCGUCGGCUUCCCUCGAGGAACGGAAGCUCUGAGAGUCCGGUAGUGUCGAGGUCAGCCGGCCCCGCCGUGGGCACUAGUAUUAACGACCUUAGGUUAGCGUAGCGUAGCAGUUCACGCGUUGAUCGCAUUCGGCCGAGACAUUUGCUGGUGUGUGGUGGAUACGGCCCUGGCGCGACAUCACGAUCACGCAUCGCGAUGUCGCGCAACAUCAGCUCCGCUCGGAGUUGCUCCGAAUAAGCUAAGCGAAGAAGAGCCAGAAAACACAGUAAAACUCGAGUUCCUUCCCACGUAUUUCGAUUUUGUAUUUUAUUUGUAAAAUCUAGCAUUUACCCCUUAGAAGUGGCGAGAUAACCAGUGACAGUUUACAAGAUGCGGUCACGCUUGACCGCGUAGGUACGAUAGGUUUAGAGUUCCUGAGCUCCGCGUAGAAUGUGUGUAUGUGUACUUAAGCAGACGCGGCAUGGCCGCUUGGACGGCGGCGGGUCCACAGUGGUGUGGUGCUCAUCACGAUGUAGUCUGUAAGGCAGGUCAGUGUGUAAAUCACUGUUUAGGGUCGCUAAUACAUUGCAGGCUUGACGGUAUCACGAAAUAUUCCGUAUAAAGCCAAACUAGCUUGAUGCAGAGGUACACGGAAAUUAUCCUGUAUUUCACCUUAAUUUGUUUUAGUUUUUGUGCUUGUUCUCGAUUUGACUUCAAGAUACCAUAGAUCCGACAUAUUUUGAAAAUUGACAGUUAAUGCCAAUUUGCAUGAACGUUUUACAACACAAAUUUCCAAAUGAUAAAAGUUUAAGAACAAAAUUGCACGAAGCAAGAAAUACAAUUUCUCUUCCGUACUACAGUAUCGAAUCGUCGAAGGGCAGUUGCGCGCAAGCUUCAUCCUAGUUUAGGGCACUUAUUUAUUUAUGUUUGCGCUGGAAAGCAGCAUUUUCGUUAAGCUAAGCUAAACUGUGUAAGGGACAAACAAAAUGCGCUAGUAAGAGCUUUAAACAGAUACGCUAAGAAACGGUAGUGUUAGAAACCUCCCCCCAAACUUUGAUUGUAUAUAAUGAGCAAAAGUCCUUCUUGUUAGCUUUAGGUUAUUUAUUCCCUCAUGAGAGAAGGACAGACCAGCUUAAGCUAGCAGUCGUCUCUAAUGUUUAUUUUAAGUAACUUUUUGCAUUACAGUUGAUAUUCAAAUGUGACGAAUGAACCGAAUGAUUUGUACAUAUUUGUUGCGUAAGUUCAGUUUUUCAAACGUGCUGAUUCGGUUGCUACCUUUAAAGGUUAAGAAGCUCAUAUUGCGUGUAAGACGUAGUAGCUCGUAGGAUGUGAAUUAUUCUCAAAUCUAAGCGUUGUGUCUAGAGUGUAAGCCAGUCAGAUAUAAAACUUUUAUUGAAAACAAAAUAAAAUUUAAAAAUUCAGCAAACUUUAAUUGUUACACGAA